AGCGCCCAGAACGCGUCGACGCGUGAGAGCCGACUUCGGCGAUGAGCUGCAAAAGUGCGCUUCCCUCACCAUCUUGGACGCAUCGCCGAGACCCACGAUGGCGUCAACAACGACAGCACCAGAGGAUGACCGCUAUUGCUUCCGCGUCGACUGGUUCGACGACCAAGCGGCGCUGUGCCGGCCCUUCCAGCUACUCUUCUAUCCGAACGACCAGACAGUCGAAAUGUAUGAUGUCAAACAGAGAAGGACGUUCCUGAAAAGGACCCACAUUCCGUUGAAAUUGCACGACCUGUACAUUGGCGCGACGGUGACCGUGAACAGCAGGCAGCUGCUCAUACAGGGCUAUGCGGACGAAUACACUCGAAAAGCACUGGAGGAGCAGCUGGAGAGGUCCCUCCUGGUCAUCAAACACUCAUCAUUUUCGCAGGCGGGACAAAUACUGGACGAGGUGCUAAGAAAAGGGUUCAAUAUAUGUCAGAUGAGGAUGGUACAGCCGUCAAGGCGGCAAUGCGAAGAGAUAGUCAGGUUCUCGGGAACGAAGAGUGGGAUAGAUCAAGCUAGAGUGUUAGCGGUGGAAGUUUUGAAGGCGAAUGCAGUUGGCGACCUUCUUCGUCAUUUUCAAACGGAUGGCCAGGAUGAUAUCUUCGUCACCAAAAGCCAUGAGGCAGCUCGGCAGUGCGCCAGAGUCAUCUUCGACCCAUCGUCACAACGCCCGUCCGAUCUGCAGAAUUCCACGUUGGGACUGAUACGGCCACAUGCAGUACUUUCUGGGCAAACGGGCAAAAUCAUCAACGACAUUUUGCAAGCAGGGUUCGUGAUAAACAACGCUGAGCUCUUCCGGCUGCAACUAGCCGACGCGGAGGAGUUCUUGGAAGUGUACAAAGGUGUCAUUCCAGAGUAUCAUUCUAUGUUGACGCAGCUGACAUCAGGACCUGUCAUUGCUCUGGAGGUGGCAGGGAAAGAUGACAUCGUGAACAUUUUCCGAGAUUUCUGUGGCCCAACGGAUCCUGAACUAGGGAAACAGGUUCGCCCACAAACGUUGCGAGCGAAAUACGGAAUAGACAAGGCUCAGAACGCAGUGCAUUGUACGGAUCUCGAGGAGGAUGGGCCACUUGAGGUGCAAUACUUUUUCCGCAUUCUUGUGAGUUGACUCUGAAGGUAUAUAUGGAGGACGGUGCCGUGCUCUCAGCAUUGGCGUAUAAUGGGAUAUGUAAAGUGGAUCUCGUGGGUGCGAUGUUGCCCCUCGUAUAUCUGCGAGGGAUUCUAAUUGAAAUGGCGGAUCUAUAUACAAGUGACGAUGUGAUCUGCACCGGCAAGGCGAUCUCUUAGCCGACUAGUUAGGUUCCCGACUGUACAACUCGCUGCAGGGCGGCUGGACCACACCGUGUCUUCGGGGAGGAAUGAAAUUGAUCGACACGUUGCGGAUGAAGGUUACAAAGAAUCUCACUUCUUUUUGACGACCUGAGAUGAGAGAUGGGAAAAUGAGCAACCCACGCGAUGUCCAGAAGGCAUAGAUGGGGCAA